AGUUCUCCGGGUGGGAAAGCCGCGUAAUCGAGUCGUUGAACGCAACAUAGUGGAGCCAACAAAGAAAUUUUGGCGUGUUUUAUUAUUUUUAUUUUUAUUUAUAUAAUAAUCUCAUUAACCUCUCUCUCCCGUGGGUAUAAUACUAUAAUUUAUCUAUAUUUUCCACUUCGCUGCAUAAAACGUCUCUCUGACCCUCCGCUUUCAAUCCCCAUUUCCGAACUUUUAGCUUUUAGAUCGAGCCCAAUUCCGUGAAGCUCUCAGAUCCACAAUUGCUCUAUUUUUCGAGUUCUUGGUAGAUAAGUUUGUUGCUGGAAAGAAAAUCCACUUCCCUUAUUUUGGAACCGAUCUAUUUCCUUGGGGUUGGCGGUAAUUUAAGCAUUUAGAGAAGAGCUAGAUCCGAGGCAGGAGAUAUGUCUUUCACUGGCACCCAACAGAAAUGCAAGGUCUGUGAGAAGACGGUUUAUCCUGUAGAGCAGCUAUCUGCCGAUGGGGUUGUCUACCACAAGUCUUGCUUCAAGUGCUCCCACUGCAAAGGGACGCUAAAGCUCAGCAACUAUUCUUCAAUGGAAGGGGUUUUAUACUGUAAGCCUCACUUUGAACAGCUAUUCAAGGAGACGGGUAAUUUCAACAAGAAUUUUCAGUCACCUGCAAAGUCAGCUGAGAAGUUAACUCCCGAGCUGACUAGGUCACCAAGCAAAGCUGCCAGCAUGUUUUCUGGGACACAAGAAAAGUGUGCUACCUGUGGUAAAACUGCUUAUCCACUGGAGAAGGUGACGGUGGAGAGCCAGGCCUAUCAUAAGUCAUGUUUCAAGUGCUCGCACGGCGGUUGUCCUAUAACCCCAUCUAAUUAUGCAGCCCUGGAGGGGAUUUUAUAUUGCAAACACCAUUUCUCCCAGCUUUUCAAGGAGAAAGGGAGCUACAACCAUCUUAUCAAGUCUGCAUCAAUUAAACGUGCAGCAGCAGCAGCCUCCAUUCCAGAGGCUUAAAGUCCCAAUCCUUAAACUAUGGGUUUGAUUACAUUCCUUUCUUUUUUAUUAUUGUGUGUUUCUUCUGAUUCCUGACCUCAAGGGUGGGGAACUGGCAAAACUUAGUUCCUCUCCGUGUUCCCUUUUUGCUCGUCAGUGUCGAGCAUAGUGUUGUGUUUUCUUGAUAUAUGGGAUGCCAAUCCAACUGGUGUAAAAUGAUUCGCAGGACCCAUUUGCAGAACUUCACGAGCUUUAUGUACUUUUUGUAUUGGCUUGUUACAAAGAUAUGGAGUGUGAAAAGGCCGCGUAUUCUUGCUGCUCUCUCAUU